UUCUUUCUCUCUUUUAGAUCCGCCAUUUCUCUUUCAACCUCUCGCAAUUUCACUCUCAGAUCAGAUCGCUUCUUUCCACUUUUCGCACAGCUCCACUCCCACUUUGAUCCUCGGGAAGAAGUAGCUAUGGCUGAUCAGGUUCAACAUCCUACCGUCUAUCAGAAGGUUGCUGGUCAGCUCUCCCUUCAGUCGAGGGUUUCUCAAGGUUUCCGUGCCUGUGAUGAUGGCUUUAGUAACCCUGCUCUUUAUCAGAGACGUGCAUCAAUCAGAAACUAUACAAAUGCUGGAUUUCAAUAUCCUGCUGUGCAAUCCUGUGUUGCUACAACUGAUCUUUCAAGAGUUGCCUCAACUGCCUCCCCCAUUUUUGUUGCUGCACCUGCUGAGAAAGGAAAUUUUAUGAUUGACUUUCUUAUGGGUGGGGUCUCAGCGGCUGUAUCCAAGACUGCUGCAGCUCCAAUUGAGCGUGUCAAACUCUUAAUCCAAAAUCAGGAUGAGAUGAUUAAAGCUGGACGGCUGUCUGAGCCAUACAAGGGUAUUGGUGACUGUUUCAAACGUACAAUACAAGAGGAGGGUUUUGGUUCAUUGUGGAGGGGAAAGCCAAGUCUCUGUUCAAGGGUGCCGGUGCCAACAUCCUCCGUGCCGUGGCCGGUGCUGGUGUGCUCGCCGGGUACGAUAAGUUGCAGGUGAUCGUU